CAUCUGAGCAAACGGAACUUUGGUAUAUAAAAGUUGCUCAGACUUCAAUAGCAGCGUCAGGUACAUCCAUCAUGAGGUUCUUGAUAGUGUGUGCAGUCGCUGUGACGAUGGCCGUGGUGGUCUUCGCUGAGAUGGAGCCCAGGGGUUACGGUGGAUCCGGUGGCGGUGGAUACGGUGGUGGAUCUGGCGGUGGUGGAUAUGGUGGUGGAUCUGGCGGUGGUGGAUAUGGUGGUGGAUCUGGCGGUGGAAAGGCACAGGGAGGAAUGAAAUCCGGAGGCCAGAAGACUGGGGGAGGCUAUGGAGGUGGCUACGGCGGCGGGGAUUCCAAUGGAGAAAGUUUCAGCGGCAGCUUCGGUAGCGACAAAUCACAGGGAGAGAUGAAAUAUGGAGGCAGCCAAGACAAAAAGUACGGUGGUGGUUUCCAAAAGAGCGGCUCGCAAAAAGGUGGGUAUAAUGGUGGUUAUGGAGGUGAAGAAAAGUCUAAAAACGAUGGAGGAUAUGGUGGAAAUCAAGGGUAUGACAAGUACAACAAGGGUCAAAAGUCUGGAAACCAGGAAGCUUGUAAAGGAGGCAAACCCAGUUAUGAAGGUCAUGAAGACAGUGAAAAAGAUUAUGAAGGAGGUCAUGAUGAAGGUUAUGGUGGAGAUUAUAAACAAGAAGGAUAUGGUAAAAGCAACUCUGGUUACAGCCAAGGAGGUAACUCUGGAAACAGCGGAAAAGGUCCCCAAAAAGGACCCAAGUUCGGUGGAAUGGGUAAGGCCUACGGCAGUUACGGAAAAAAGAACUAGGAUUUUUCCAUUCAGAAUUUUUACAAAGCACAUAUUGUUAGUUAUGAUAUUUACUCUUAACACUAAUAAACUGUUUAAAUUCUUA